AUGGGCUCGCCAUUAUCACCCAUCGUGGCAGAUUUGGUCAUGCAAAAAUUAGAGAAAGUGGCUUUAUCAAGUUACAACAACGAAGUUUUAUUGUACUAUCGAUAUGUUGACGAUCUACUUGCGGCAGUUCCGAAAGACAAGAUCAACGAUUUUCAUAAUAGUUUUAAUACAUUCCAUCCUAGACUGCAGUUCACAUUGGAAGUGGGUGAUGACUCUAUUAAUUUUCUUGAUGUGACGAUAAUGGUUAAUGUAGACCGGUUCUCGUUUAAUUGGUACCGGAAGCCAACUUUCUCAGGGAGAUUCUUAAAUUAUCUUUCGAACCAUCCAGAAUCUCAAAAAAGAGGUAUUAUCUUCAAUUUAGUUGAUAGAGCCAUAUUCUUAUCUGAUUCGUCUUUCCACCAUGAAAACAUAGAACUAAUUAUUGAUAUUCUCAUUAAUAAUGACUUCCCUCUGAAGUGUAUUUUUGAUGCUAUUAAUGAGAGAUUACGUCACAUUAAACAUAGAUCUAGAGUAUCACAUGACCAAAGUGACCUCAAUGACAAGAGUGCAGCAAUGACUUCUUGGUUUUCUGUGCCGUUUAUCAAAAAUAUUACUGACAAAUUCAUGAAAUUGAAUAGAGACGACUUAAAAGUUUCGUUUUUUAGUUCGAACAAGAUCAGUAAAUUUGUUGGUGUACAUAAGGACAGAAUACCAGAGGAAGUUAAAAAUGACGUUGUAUACAAAAUUAACUGUAACGAUUGUAAUGCAACCUAUGUUGGACAAACGAGCAGACAAUUAAAAACUAGAAUAUAUGAACAUCGUAACCACAUUAAAUGGAAUACGUCUGCUCGUUCAGUGAUUACCGACCAUAGGUUGCAAUAUGCACAUGACUUCGACUGGAAUAAUGUCAAAGUUCUUGAUGUAGAGUCUUGUUACACAAAGCGCUUAAUUUCCGAAAUGCUUUAUAUUAAGAAACAGGAGAAUGGCAUUAAUUUACAAACAGACACGGUUGGCCUUCACAAAGAAUAUGUAAAUAUUAUAAAUAAAUUGUAA